UGGGCGUGUGCGGCGUCGGCCAGCGGCAUGCGCCUCCGUCUGCUUCUGCUGCUCGCGCUGUGCGGUGCGGGCCCCGCUGCCGCGGCGUUCAGUGUCAGCUUGCGGGGAAGCUGGAGGGUCCGCAGCCAGAACAGGUCGCUGGAGCUGCCCGGAGAGGUCCCGGGUUGCGUGCACAGCGCCUUGUUCCAGCAGAGGCUCAUCCAGGAUCCUUACUACAGAUUUAAUGACCGUAACUACAGGUGGAUCGCCUUGGAUAACUGGACCUACAGCAAGAACUUUGUGAUCCCCUUUGACAUUGGCGAAUGGCAGAAAGUAAAUUUGAUUCUUGAGGGUGUCGACACAGUUACAAAAGUCCUGCUCAAUGGCGUUCCUGUUGGGGAAACAGACAACAUGUUCAGAAGAUAUAGGUUUGAUAUUACACACGUGGUCAAAGCAGUGAACUUCAUCGAGCUGUAUUUCCAGUCACCAGUGUUAUAUGCGGACCAGAGGAGCAAAGCUCACACAAGCUACGAGGUGCCCCCCAGCUGCCCUCCAAGUGAGCAGGAGGGCGAGUGCCAUGUCAACUUUAUUCGGAAGGAGCAGUGUUCCUUCAGUUGGGACUGGGGGCCUUCCUUUCCUACCCAGGGCAUCUGGAAAGAUGUUAGAAUUGAAGCCUAUAAUAUUUGUCAUUUGGAAUCCUUCACAUUUUCCCCCAUAUAUGAUGACCGUACCCAGGAGUGGAAUCUUGAAAUAGAGUCUUCUUUUGAUGUUGUCAGUUCAAAGCCAGUUUCGGGCCAAGUGAUUGUAGCCAUCCCUAAACUGCAAACACGGCAGACGCACGGCAUUAAACUUCAACAUGGGGAAAGGAUUGUUAAGCUCUUUGUGAAAAUUAACAAGAAUAUUAUUAUAGAGCCUUGGUGGCCUCAUGGACAUGGAAACCAGACUGGGUACAACAUGACAAUUCUUUUUAAGCUGGAUGGAGGCCUAAGUUUUGAAAAAUCAGCUAAGGUUUACUUUAGGACAGUGGAACUUAUAGAAGAGCCCAUAGAAGAGUCUCCUGGUCUGAGUUUCUAUUUCAAAAUUAAUGGAUUUCCCAUAUUUCUGAAAGGCUCAAAUUGGAUCCCUGCAGAUUCAUUCCAGGAUCGAGUAACCUCUGCCAUGUUACGGCGCCUAUUGAAGUCUGCCGUGGAUGCUAACAUGAAUACUCUCCGGGUUUGGGGAGGAGGAAUUUAUGAACAGGAUGAAUUCUAUGAACUCUGUGAUGAACUAGGAAUAAUGAUCUGGCAGGAUUUUAUGUUUGCCUGUGCCCUUUAUCCAACUGAUCGGGGCUUCGUGGAUUCAGUGAGAGCAGAAGUUGCUUACCAGAUCAUGAGACUGAAAUCCCAUCCCUCCAUCAUCAUAUGGAGUGGAAAUAAUGAAAAUGAAGCAGCGCUGAUGAUGAACUGGUAUGCUAUACAGCCCAGCGACAUGCCUACCUACAUCAAUGAUUAUGUGACACUGUAUGUGAAAAACAUCCGAAAGGUCGUCUUGAAAGGAGACCAGACCCGUCCUUUUAUCACAUCCAGUCCUACUAAUGGGGCCCAAUCCGUUGCAGAAGGCUGGGUCGCUAAAAACCCAUAUGACACGCAUUUUGGUGAUGUACACUUUUAUGACUAUACUGGAGAUUGCUGGGACUGGACAAUUUUCCCCAAACCUCGAUUUGCAUCUGAGUAUGGAUAUCAGUCCUGGCCCUCCUUCAGCACGUUAGAAAAGGUUUCGUCUGAAGAGGAUUGGUUUUACAAAAGCAAUUUUUCACUUCAUCGACAACAUCAUGCAAAUGGUAACUCUGAAAUGCUCCACCAGGCGAGACUUCACUUCAAACUCCCCCAAAGUGCAGAUCGAUUACGCAUGUUCAGAGACACUAUUUAUCUUACUCAGGUGAUGCAGGCCCAGUGUGUCAAAACAGAAACUGAACUCUACCGGCGCAGUCGCAGCGAGAUAGUGGAUGGAGAAGGGCACACCAUGGGGGCCCUUUAUUGGCAGUUGAAUGACAUCUGGCAGGCUCCUUCCUGGUCUUCUCUAGAAUACGGAGGAAAGUGGAAAAUGCUUCAUUACUUUGCUCAGCAUUUCUUCGCUCCACUGUUGCCGGUGGGUUUUGAGAAUAAUGAUGUGUUUUUCAUCUACGGUGUGUCAGACCUUCACUCAGACUGUAACGUGACACUCACUGUGAGGGUCCACACGUGGAGUUCUCUGGAGCCCGUGUGCUCUGAGGCCACUAAGGGUUUUGUGGUGAAAGCAGGGGGGUCUGCUCUCAUCUAUAAGGAGCCAGUGCCUGAGAUGCUGAGAAGAUGUAGUUGUACAAGGCGAAGCUGCGUGGUUUCCUUUUACCUGUCAACUGGCAGCAAACCCUUGAGCCCAACCAACCAUCACUUCCUGUCCUCACUGAAGGAGGCCGAGGGGCUCCAAAAGGCACACAUCACUGCCGUCAUCUCUCAGCGAAGGGACACCUUUGUUUUUGAUCUGGCAACCUCGGCAGUUGCUCCCUUUGUGUGGUUGGAUGUAGGGAGCAUCGCGGGGAGAUUCAGUGACAAUGGUUUCCUCCUGACUGAGAAGACACGGACAGUAUUAUUUUACCCUUGGGAACCCACCAGCAAGAGUGAACUGGAGCGAUCUUUUCAUGUGACUUCGCUCACCGAUAUUUACUGAGGGAAUCCAGGUUGUGUUUUCGGGAGCUGAAGGCAAGCAGAAUCAGGUUGAAGAAGCCAGGAAACGUGUCCGCCUGCUACCAGCCGUCUGACGAGACACUCAGGGAAGAUUUGUUACAGUGCCUUCUCCCAGGGAAGGCUGCGUACUCGAGUGAUGUCCUCCCACAAGGUUGUGCCUAGGUGUGGGCCAGUCUGCACCAGCGCUGUGGUUUUAGCCCUUCCCCUGACAGUUUUUGCACCACAUGAACCAGUUAUAACUCCACAGCCUCUCCUACCCCCAAGAGGAGGUCCUAUACACACUCAGUCCUUCAAGGGAAAUCACAGGUACAUGACCAUUGCAAUAUCUGUGGCAUCAAACGUGGAGGGUUGUGAGGUCUUGUAGGGUCUUGUAGUUAGCUUUGAGAAAUACCAAAUAAUCAAAAAGAAACUGCUUUGUUUUUAUUUCCAAAGGAAAUGGAGGUUCAAAUGUCACAACAGAAAGAGAUUUCUGGGUGGUAGCUAUAUUGAUUGUUGCUGGAAAGGGGGGGUUAAUUAUUGCCAUUCAGUUACUUUUUGGUUAGGAAUCUUUUUCAUUUGUGAGUUUUAAAAAUAAAAUGCUGUUAUUGUUUUAACAAUAACAACCUUUUUCAAAGACCAUUAGAGUGAUUCUCAUUUGAAAAUUAAGUUCAUGCUGAAAUCGAUGUCACUGUGGUCACCUGGGAAACUUUUGGGUGUCCUGACAUAGAUUAUCACCCAUAAUUAUGUAUGGGCUUCAGAUCUGGUUGAAUCCAGUGAGCUUUGCAGUUCAAGACUGCAGUUAGGUUUGGACUUGUAGCAAAGUGGUGUUCCCUUUAGCUUGAGUUUGAAAAUUUUGAUAGAUUUAAAAAAUAUUGAUAGAUUAUAGUUGCUAUUAAAUCAUUUUACUAUACACCAUCAUAUUUAUAAAAUUACAUUGAUGAUAAAAGGGGGCAAAAUGUUAAUAAGUAGCCAAUUUGGGUACAGGUAUGUAGGAAUUUUUCUUGUACCGCUUUUGCAAAUUUUCUGUAAGUUUGAAAUUAUAUAAAAAUUUUAAAAUUAUAUAAAUUGCAUGAACAACU